UUAAUAAAAUAUUAAGAAUGUUCAGCCAUAACUUAACCCUCUCUUUGAGGAGGGUAUCCUCACAGGCUAAGAGAGGUGUCACCAGGGGUUCCACAAGAUCUUUCAGCUCGAUCAAUGAGGAAGAGUUCGAUAAUUUUAAUAGAUAUGAUAAGUGGUGGAAGGACUCUCCUGAAAUGAGACCUCUCCAUGCUUAUAAUAAGCUAAGAGUUGAGUUCAUGAGGGAGUAUUUAAUUCAAGAUAAUGACGGUGUCGUCACUCCAGAUUUUUUCAAUAACUUAAAGGCACUAGAUGUCGGCUCAGGAGGUGGAAUCCUUAGCGAAAGCUUAGGAAGACUUGGAUGUCAAACUUUGGGUAUAGAUCCAACUCCAAUGAGCAUCAAAGUUGCUAAAGAACAUCUCUGCAAUGACCUUGAGCUGGUGGAAAAAGUUAAGUAUAAGCAAACCACUAUUGAAGAAUUAGUAGAAGAUGAAGAACACCAAAAUAAGUAUGAUUUUGCCGCAUCUAUGGAAGUCAUUGAGCAUGUAAACAACCAAGCAGAAUUCGUUAAGAACAUUGCUAAAGCUGUGAAGCCGAAUGGAUUAAUUUUCCUAUCAACUUUGGCAAAGACGACAGAGUCAUGGCUUUUAUCAAUUAAACUUGCUGAGGACUUGCUUGGAUUUGUACCCAGAGGAACUCAUAAUUGGGACAAGUACGUAAACCCAGAGGUCUUGCAUGAGAUGGUAGAGAAUGCAGGGUUUAGAGUGUUGAAAACACAAGGGGCAAUGUAUGAACCUAUCACAAAUCAAAUGAUAUACUGGCCAUGCACUAAUGUGAAUUAUAUGAUGGUUGGUAAAAAGUUAUAUUAAGCUUCAAUCCCAGGUAUAUUGAAU